AAUGGACGUUGUGGAUAGCGUUAGGUUGUACUCGGUGCUUCGUAAGCGACUUAGCGUGCGGUGAUGUGAAGGAGAAAGAGCGAAUGAUGUGGUGUUUGGAGACGGAAGAGGGGAGGCCCAAAACGGACACCUGCGUUGAAGACAAAACAACCGAUCAUCUCUUGUCCAAUUCAACAUCUAUCUUCCACGAUCACUCCCUCCUCUUCCGCUAUUCCCCCUAAUUCAGGAUCAUAUUCAUUUCCAGAAUUCCAUUUCCCACUCUCACUCGCUCAUUCUUAGGUAAAUCCAUUCAUUCUUUCUUUUUCAGAUUCAAUUUCAACUUCUUCUUCUUCUUCUUCUUCUUCUUCUUCUUCUUCUUCUUCUUCUUCUUGCAAUGGCAUGCCAAGUUAUUACCCAGUCAUGGAGCUUUUCUAGAUUAGUAGGUGCCUUUCUUGAUUUAUCUAUUGCUUACUUCCUCCUGUGUUGUUCCGCUAUCGCCUUUUUCCUAUCCAAAUUCCUUUCCCUCUUUGGUUUAACCCUACCUUGUCCUUGCAAUGGUCUCUUUGGUUACCCUAGUAAUCACGCUCCCUGCUUCCAACGCUUCUUACUUGAUUGCCCCGCUGAAACCAUUUCCUCUAUUCAUUUGUCUGUUAAAACCAAAUUCCCUUUUGAUUCCAUUCUACCCAAGAAAGAUGAUCACUCCCAACUCAAUUUGAAGUUACUCAAAGAAGGUUACUCGGAUGAUGGUGUGCUGCAUUUACAAGGUGAAGCAUCCUACAGCUCCUUUUCUGAUCCAAGGAGGUCACACCACAGCCUUUCUGGUACUGACUCCUUUGGUAAAUUUGACAUUAAGGGCAAGACUCCUGCAACUCAAAGGUCAAGGCUUGGAUUUAGGCGUCGUCGUAGAGCUAGUAUUGACUAUGGAAAGUUUACUUCUUCCUCUUCUUAUGAUCACUUCAAGUCAGACUCCAGUAAAAUAGAGAAGGUAGAGAAACCAACCACUGUCAACUUUUCUGGUGGGACUCUACCAGAUUCUGAAUCCAAUGAUGCAGCUGAUGAGACUAAACCCUUGUAUGACUAUGCAACAUUGUUUGAGAACCUUAAAAACAACCUAGAGCAUGAGCAUGGGGCUGAUAGUGAAGAUGUAAACGUUGUCAGGAUUCUGGAACUAGCACUUGAGGAAGAACAUGCUGCUCGAUCCGAGUUGUUCUCUGAGCUAGAGCAAGAGAGACUUGCUGCUGCCUCUGCCGCAGAUGAAGCUAUGGCUAUGAUUUCACGACUGCAGGAGGAGAAAGCAUCUAUUGAAAUAGAGGCUCGACAGUACCAAAGGAUAUUAGAGGAAAAAUCAGUUUAUGAUGCUGAAGAAAUGGAUAUACUUAAAGAGAUCAUUGUUAGGAGAGAGCGGGAAAAACAUUUCUUGGAGAAGGAACUUGAAGCCUAUAGGAAGGUUUUCCAAGUAAACAACGGAUGGGAUAGUCAGUCAAAUGAGGCAGAAAGACAAAUUGAGGUCUCUGCUUUUGAUCCUUCUGUAGAUCCUAUGUUGAUUCUACAGCAAUUCGGUCAGUCAAUUGAUAAUGGAGAAAACAUCGACAGAAACUAUUCUGAUUAUUCCUCUGCUUACAUUCAGAAGCAAACUUCUACUGUAUCUGAAGACAAAGAACUAUCAGUUCUUCCACUUGACAAAAAUGAAAUGGAAAUUCCCGAAUGUUCAAGUAUUGUUCCAGCUUUGACUGAUGAUGAAGCUAAUCAAGAUAUUCAGGAAAAAGGAAUGUUAUCCAUGGAUGCGAUUCCAAGAUCUCAAGGGGAAAAUAAUAAUGUUUUUCUCCAGAAGGAAACAAUAUGCGGUGCUGAUGAUGGAAAACAAAUGCCACUGCAAGUUGUAGAGCCUCGUGUCCAUGAUGUCCACAUCGUGGAUCCAGAACAGAGUAUUCACAAAAAUACUGAUGGGAAGGAAGGUGAUCAACUGCUCAUACAUAAUAAUGCUUCUAAUGUUGUGAGACAAUAUGAACUAGAGAUUAGCAGAAGCUCUUCAGAUAUAGUUGAUCGGUUCCCAACAGCCAGCAGCUCGCCUGAUAGAAGUUUUGUCUCUGAAUUACGCCGCAAUUCUUUAACAGCAGUUGAUCAUGAGAGGCUGAAAAUAGACGAUGAGAUUUGUUGGCUGAGAGCAAGACUGAGGACUGUUCAGGAAGAGAAAGGUAAGCUUAAGGGCUCUUUCGAACACCAAGAGAGGGCGAAAACCGAACUACAACUUCUGGAGGAUAUAGCAUCCCAGCUCCGAGAGAUUCGUCAUCUAACGGCACCGGAGAAGGCUGCACGCCAGGCUUCCCUUCCACCCCUGUCUUCUAAGGUGACAUCUAAGAAAAGAUGCUCUCGGGGUGUUUCUGUAGCAGUUGGUCAAAGUCAAUCAAGUUAAGGGAGUCAGUCUUAAGAGUUAAGAGUUGCCCUCAGAUACUUUCAAAUGUGCAUUCCAGAUUCAGGUGUGAAAUUUCCCUUGUGCUGUUGGUUGCAAUGCAUGACAUGAAGUUUUCAAGAAGCUGUCAGGAGGGCACUUGAGUAGCAUAACAUAGCAUAGGCUAGGCUAGCCUAGCCUAGGGUUUCAAUGAAUGAAGUGAGAAAAAGCUGUGAUUAAGCUUCUCAUUCCCAUCUCCGACUCCGGUGUAGUGGUGGAUAGCUCCUAAUAAUUAAUAAAGCAAUGGGGUUGCAGGCUUUCCACUUAAAAAUGGAUUUUGUAAAAAGUACUUGACAUUUGAAUCAGUACGUGUAUAGUUUUCCAUUUAUGUGCAUGUGUAUAUAUAUACUUAGAAGCAACUUCCAUGUA